GGCUGCUGUGCUGUUGCUGUCGUGGCGUGGCUGGUCGCGCCAGGCGGGGAACUUCACCACACUGGAGCCCGGAGUCCCACUCUCUCACCUGCGCAGUUCGGAGCUGCCAUGGGUUUCUCAACAGGAUAUACUGUCCUAAUUAUUCUACCGGCCUUUCUGCUGCACACCAGCGGCCUUUACAUCGCCAGUAGCGUUGACUCCCUGCAGCACAUCCUGGGGGAGUAUGGACUGGUUAGGCCGAUCAGUGUGGACGCAGAGGGCCGCUUCUUGUCACACGCCGUCUCGGCUGGCAGCAUGGCAGGAGGGCAGUCCCGUAGGCGCCGGAGGAGGGAGGUAGGAGAAGGCAAUGAUGAGUGGGAAGGACCAAGAGGAGCCGUGCCCCCUCGGGAGAGGCUUUACUACAACGUCACCAUCUUCGGCCGGGAGUUCCACUUACGUCUGCGCCACAAUGCCAGGCUGGUUGCACCCGGAGCCAAGAUGGAGUGGCAUGAUGACAACGACAGCAUCCGGUACUCUGAGCCAUUGCACGAUGAAUGCUUGUAUGUGGGUGACAUCACAGACACGCCAGGAGCCACUGUGGCGAUCAGCAAUUGUGAUGGCCUGGCCGGUAUGAUCAAGACAGAGAGAGAGGAGUUUUUUAUCGAGCCAGUCGAGAGGGGCGAUGGAGUGAUAGAAGAGGAGGAGGAGGGGGGAGGAGGAAGGACACACAUCGUCUAUCGCUCUUCAGCCGUUAAGAAAGUGCCCAUCAGCAGCGCAGCGAACGACUACCACUCCAGAGGUGCAGAUCUUGGCGGCCUGAUGGAUCUGGAGUCUCUGUACCGUGGUGUGGAGCAGAGCAUCAACCACACGCGAGCAGGGCGAAUGCGCAGACAGACCUCUGACAGAGCCUACAACAUCGAGGUGCUGCUGGGCGUAGACGACUCAGUGGUCCAGUUUCACGGGAAGGAGCAUGUUCAAAAGUACCUUCUCACACUUAUGAACAUUGUGAAUGACAUCUACCAUGACAGUUCUUUAGGAGCAAAAAUCAAUGUGGUUCUGGUGCGGAUUAUCAUGCUGGGCCACGGCAAGUCCAUGAGCCUGAUUGAACUUGGAAACCCAUCCCAGAGUCUGGAGAACGUGUGUCGCUGGGCCUUUCUGCAACAGAAGCAAGACACAGGGGACGCCGAGUAUCACGACCACGCCAUCUUCCUCACACGGCAGGAAUUUGGCCCCACGGGAAUGCAGGGUUAUGCUCCAGUGACAGGCAUGUGCCACCCGGUUAGGAGCUGCACCCUGAACCACGAGGACGGCUUCUCCUCCGCCUUUGUGGUGGCACACGAGACCGGACAUGUGCUGGGGAUGGAGCACGAUGGCCAGGGAAACCGCUGCGGAGACGAGGUGCACUUGGGCAGCAUCAUGGCUCCUCUGGUGCAAGCUGCUUUCCACCGCUUUCAAUGGUCCAAAUGUAGCAUGCAGGAGCUGGGACGAUACCUUCAUUCCUAUGACUGUCUUCGUGAUGACCCUUUUGACCACAACUGGCCAUCGCUGCCUCAACUUCCUGGUUUGCAUUACUCCAUGAACGAGCAGUGCCGCUUUGACUUCGGCGUGGGCUACACGACGUGCACCGCGCUACAAAAGGCGGGGCAGGCAGGAAUGCAGUAUCGCACAUUUGAACCAUGCAAGCAGCUGUGGUGUAGCCACCCAGACAAUCCAUUCUUCUGCAAGACUAAGAAAGGGCCACCCAUUGAUGGAACCAUGUGUGGGGAAGGGAAGCAUUGCUAUAGAGGUCACUGCAUCUGGCUGACCCCUGACCUCAUGAGGCAAGAUGGAAACUGGGGUGCAUGGAGCGAGUUUGGCCAGUGUUCGCGCACCUGUGGUGGAGGAGUACAGUUUCGCACACGCAGCUGUAACAAUCCAAGACCGCACAACGGAGGCCGGAAAUGCGUGGGGGAGGACUCCCAAUUCCAGAUGUGCAACACCAACGAGUGUGAGGAUAUUUACAGCGAUCCAAGAGAAGAGCAGUGCCACGCUUGGGCCCUUCACUCUGAAAUCUACACCAACAAGCACCACUGGCUGCCUUAUGAACACCCAGACCCUAGCAAACGCUGCUACCUGCAUUGUCAGUCCAAGGAGACCAGAACCGCAGUCUUCACGGAGACAGUGGUCCUGGAUGGUACGCGGUGCUCAUACAAGGACCCACACAGUGUCUGCGUGGGUGCGGAGUGUAAGAAAGUGGGAUGUGACGGAGUGGUCGGCUCCUCGGAGCAGGAGGACAACUGUGGAGUGUGUGGAGGUGACAACUCCAGCUGCAAAAUCUUCAAAGACACCAUCUCACGUAACGCAAAGAAACAAGGGUUCUUUAAAGUUCUCGAAAUCCCCCGAGGAACGAGGCACUUACUGAUCCAAGAGCUAAAAGCCACCUCGCACACUCUAGUGGUGAAAAAUGUGGCAUCAGGACAGUUCUUCAUAAACGGGGACAUGGAGAAGCCAGAAUCCUACUCGGUCAUAGAGAAGGGAGUGGAGUGGGAAUAUGAGAAUGACAAUGACAAGGAGACCCUUCAGUCAACCGGGCCUCUCAGACAUGGAGUUCUGAUCAUGAUGAAAUUACACGGGGAUGAGGAUGUGAAUUUGUCGUACAAGUACUUGAUGAGAACAGACUCUGACUCUGGAAUUCAGAACAACAUGCUAGUGGAGGACAGCGCUUAUGAAUGGGCCCCAAAGAAAUGGUCUUACUGCUCCAAGCCUUGUGGUGGAGGAAAGCAGUACCUGCGAUACGGCUGCAGAAGAAAAGUCGACAGCAAGAUGGUUCAUAAAAGGUUCUGUAACAAGUCCAACAUGAAACCGAGAGGAGACAUGAGGGACUGCAACCAGAAGGCCUGCCCUCCUCCCAUCUGGGUGACGGGCGAGUGGCAGAACUGCAGCAAGCCAUGUGGAAAGACGGGCAUGCAAGUCCGAUCGGUGAGCUGCGUCCAGCUUUCGGAUGACAACACAACGCGUGCUAUCCACAACAAACACUGCAACGACAACCGUCCAGAGUCGCGCAGAUCCUGCAACCGAUUUCCCUGCCCCACCCAGUGGAGAGUUGGACCAUGGUCACAGUGCUCAGUGACAUGUGGUAACGGAACCCAGCAGAGACAGGCUUUGUGUCACACCAGAGACAAUACCAUCGGCCUGUGUCUCGACAGUAAACCAGACACCAUAAGAGUUUGUCGCCUGACACCAUGUUCCAAGGGCCCACCAGACCUCAACAAGAACGGCAACAUUUUGAUCCAGUGGCUGUCACGCCCCAACCCCAACUUCCCGAAGAUCUCCUCACGUAAAACCUCCCUCUAUAGUUCCCAGCCUGGCCUCCACAGCAGCAGCUGCAGCUGCAUGUCUGUCCUCUGCUGGGCCCUGCCCAUUUCUGUCCUCCUGUCCCUGCAGGGCCGGCCCCGGCUGGCCCCCUGACCCGCCCCCCGCCCCAAGCCUUGUGCCUGUGCCACGCCCGUGAGCGAGCGGCAAAAGCUUUCGCUUCUCUUUUGGGUGGGGGGGGAUGUUGUCUCUCUCUCUCUCUGUGUCUGAGACGGCUCUGACUGGGGGAGGUCUCUGGCUCCUGCGUGUGCUAGUUGGUUCUCUCUUGCUCUGUCUCUCUCUCUCUCUCUCUCUAACUCUCUCUCUCUCUCUAUCUCCUUUGUGGAGCAUUGUGUUGUAACCGCUGGCCAGUCGAAAACUCAAAAGAUCAACAAAAAAUUUGAUGUGAAAAGGAUUUCGUAGUGGCAAGGCGAACAGGUUUUCAUUGGCAUCUCCUGAGAUGUGUCGAAGAGCCGUUCACGUGCGAGGGGACCCCCCCCCCUCUGCAUUCGGCGGCCGUGAUUUGCGCGAGCUAGCUGCGUGCUAUCAUGCAGCUGCGCUUUUUUCUUUUUGUAGCGCAUUGUCAAUGUGGGGGAGAAACAGGUGUCAAAAUAAACAGAAAAGGUAUAAAUAUCUAUAUAGAAAAAAUAUAUAUAUAUACAUAUAUAUAUAAUAUGAAAGCUUUACUGUGAAUGUGAUCUGAGGACAUCUUUGCUAAAGUGCUCAUCUGACAUAUUGGUUCCAUUUGGGGAUGAGAGUGGUGUCUCAUCCCACGUUCCAUUCUCAGAUUGACAGGAACUCAGCACAGGGGCAGGAAGUGAAGUCAGUAAACCUUUUGAUUUUUGUGGGAGGGUCUUCUGAGGUGACGACUCAAAAAAAAAAAAAAAGAAAAGAAAAGAAAAAAGAAGAAAGAAAAAAAAAAACAGGGUAGUUUGACCAAUUGAGGUUACUUCCCAUUUCACCUCAUCAUCAGCCAUCCUCUCUUUGACUGUUAUACAAAAGUUCAAUAAAUGCAGCUUAUUUGUGCUUGCAGACUUUAAACAAAUACAUCUAUAAAUAUAUUUGUAUUUAUAUAUAACUAUAAAUAUAAAUCUAUAUGAGUAACAAUAAUAUUAAUAAUGUUUUACCAUGAAUAAGCUGUAGCUUAUUUGCCUAAAAUCUUUGGACUGCUAUUGAUCGCUUAGAUCCUUGACUGUUAUGUGUAUUUUUUUAUUGAUUUUACAUGAAUACAGAUGAAUAUUUAAUAAAGGUAAAGUGUUUUGGGGGAAAGGGUUAGACCUAUAUUAUGCAGGACUUGGUCAGUUAUUUGCCUCUCCAUUUUCUCAGAUGGAUCAGUGGUUUACUGUUGCUUCUCGUUUUCUUUACGGCCAGGAUCACGUUUUGUCAUGCACAUUUGCGUCCAUCACCUGUGUGUUUGUAUCGAUCUGUGCGCGAGUGCACUGGUGUGUGUGUGUGGAUGUGGGUGCGCGUCUUUGUGCAUGUGUGUUUGGGAGGAUGUACGCGUUAGAUGAAUGAGCGUCCUUAAUCGUUGUGUGAUUGUGUAUGUGUCUGUGUGUGUGCGCGUGCAUGUGUGUGUGUGUGUAUAUGUGUGUGUGAGAGGGUGCUUCAUCAUUUGGGCUUUUACACAUUGCGAUCAGAUACAGAAAUACCUCAUAAACUUUGAUUUUAGAGCGUCCGAUGAUCUCAUUUUAUUUUGGUGAACAUUGAAAACAUGAACAAUGCCUUAUCUUGGAUUGAAUGUAAUGGCAUUUAUCUGUGAAAGAGAUGGCUUUACUCAUUCAAAGUUUCACUCGGAAUAGAGGCAGCUUCAAACCAACGUAACAAACUCACACCCGCCAACCAUCAAACCUACCAAGAUGAUGUUGGACCAAUGUCCGACUACUGGGAAGGGUUUCCAAGGGCCUAGGGUAUUGACACAUGUGGCAUCUAGAAAAAAGAAAAAAGAAAAAGAAAAAAGAAAGAAAAAAACACUUCAGACUUGUCAUUGUAUUGUGAACACAUAUUUCUGUUGUGACUAUGUAGCGAGCUAUCCAAGGUUUCCUUCUGCUGGAGUUGGACUGUAUGAGACCAAGCCAGACCUAGCAGUGCGAUACUGUAUAUAACAUUGGUGUUGACUGUAUUUAAUAAUGUUCAUGACUGUUAUCUUCUUCUAUAAUAUUCUAUACUAUGGGUAACUGUUUCGUGGCUUCACUGGCCUGCUGCGUGGGGCUGGCUAACGUUUGGCUAACGUUGAAGAAACAUUCAGAUGGACUACGUGCACUGCGUCUAUAUGCACUUUGAUUUAUCAGGGAAAUUUUAUUAAUGUUUUGUAAAUGUUUCAUAUGACACUUAAUGUGCCAUUCCAGUUUUUACAUCAUCAUGAAAAUUAUGUAUUUUAUUUAAGCAGCAAAUAUCAUUUAUGUAUUUCAUCUUUGUUUGUUUUCUUUUGUUUUCUUUUUCUUCUUCAAUCGAUAAACAGAUUGACUGGUUGAUUUCCAAGUAAUCAAGUGUUUUACCAAAGUGACUGUGAACUUGUAACUUUCGAUACAGUUGAAUUAUUUUUCUUAAGAAAAAAAAUAUAUCUAUAUAUUGAGAGGGGAGGGCGGGGCGUACAUCUCAUUGUUUCAGUUCCUGUCAUUCUCAAAAGCAAAGUUGUAUCAAUAAAAAUCGUUUUAA